AUGAAUUCUAAGAAAAUCGAAGAACUGGAUAAAACAACUAACCAUUUAAACAAUAGUAGAAAUAAUAUGUCUAGUUGCACAUUUAUGGAAAAAGGUGAUGAAGGCAAUAUUCUUAAUUCAGCUAUUCUCAAAAUGAAUAAUACUGAAAAAAAUAUAUCUUUCCAGACAAUAGACGAAGAAAUAAAAAACAAAAAUAAAACAAAUAAUGUACUAUUCGAGUAUGGAGAAAAAGAAAAGUAUUGUUUUAAUGAAUUAUUAUAUACAGAGCAAAAUGGCUUUAUUAAUAUAAUUGAAAAAGAAGAUAAACCAAUUCAAGAAAUAUUAAGAGAUGAUAAAAAAGAUAAUUAUGAGGUGGAUAGUUCCAAGUUAGAUAGAAUGAAUCCAUGUUUAUCAUCACAAAAAAUUGAAGAAGAAUAUAACGAUGGAAAUAAUUAUAAUGUCAAUGAAGAUAUAAUCAAUGGUGAUAAUUCUGUACUUAACUCUGACGAAAAUAAUGAAGACUCUAAAUGCGAAUGCGCAUUUUUUAUUAGUAAAUGUGACUAUGAGAAAGAUUCGGAUGCUAACACAAGUAGCCACAAAAAAUGUUGUAAAGAUUCAGAGGAAAAUGUAAAUUAUAAUAAUGGCAAUAAUAAUAAUAGCAAUAAUAAUAAUAGAAACAAUAGCAAUAGCAAUAAUAGCAAUAAUUUAUUAUUAGGCAUAUCUGAAAAUAAGGACGCAUUAAUAAAAUGUGAUAAAAUAUGUGAGAGAAGUUACUACUCAACAUCAGCAUCUACAGUUUUAGCUAGCAACGAGAAUGAACAGAAUUUGCAAAAUAUAAGUAGUUAUGAAACAGUUAGUUCAAUGAAUGAAAAAAUAAAAUUGAAUGGUAAUGGUAAAUAUGAAAAAUUGGAAAAAGAGGACACCGAAAUUAUGAAUAAAGAAACAAAUGUUAUUAACCCCCAAGAUUAUUCUAUACAUGAUAUUGGUACAUAUAGGGAUGAAUGUAUUAGCUAUUUAAAUAAAAUAAAAGAUAUUCCUCAUAAUAUCGGAAAUCAAAUUAAUAAUUAUCAAAAUAAUAAUAUUAUAGACAAUAACAAUUUUAAAGAUAAAAGUUAUUUAAUACAUGAAAAUGAUUUUUUCGAUGGGGAAACAAAAAAAAAAAAUAUUUUACAAAAUUACUUUUUAGUAAAUAAUAUCAAUGAAAUUAAUGCAAAUGAAGAUAUGAGCAAUGGAAAUGAUCAUCUUAAAAAUAUUGGAGCCGUUGUUUCUGGUCUAGCUGAUAUAAUAGAAGAGGAUACGAUACAAAAGAAAAUAAAUAUAAGUGAGAAUUGUAAAAUCGAAGAAAAUAUUAACAUGAAUAUUAAUGAUCAUAAUAAAAACGCAUUAUUUAACUUUAAUAUGAACAGACAUCUAUUUAAUGACAAACAAGGGGAUGAAAAUAUGUAUAAAACAAAUUUGAAUACUGAAAAUAAUAAAUCGAUCAAUAUAAUUAACAGUAUGAACAAAGAUGUUUAUGAACAAAAUUCUGGUGAUAUUCAUACCCAAGUUGAAAAUAUAAAUAACAUAGAACAAACAAGAAACAAUAUUAUUGAAAAUAAUAUGAUGAUGAUUCAGGGUUCAGAUAAUUUGAGAUUUACAACAUUGAAUUGUAUUAAUGAUGAUACAAAUAUAAUGAAAUGUAAGAGAAAAAUAAAGAAUGAUGAAAAUAGAGAAAAUAAAAUGAUUAAAACGGAUCAAAAAAAUAUAAAAAUGAAAAAUGAAUUGGAUGAAGAUGAUAAAGACGAACUAUAUAAUAUUCCAGAUAAAAAAAGGAGAAAGAAAAAUAAAAAAAAAAAAAAAAAAAAAAUUCCAGGAAGAGUGUAUAAAGUAAUUGUAAGAGGCAAAGAAUGUUGGAGAGCUGAAUGGAUUGUCCAAAAAAAUCAAGAAAAUAUUGAAAAUGAAAAAGAGGAAAACAAAAUGGAUACAUAUUCUAUAAUGAAGUUAGAAAAUACAAAAGAUGUUGAUAAAAAUGUAAAUAAAAUGAAUGCAUCAAAUUUCCAAAAAAAAAGUAAACAAUUUUCAGUAUCAGUAUAUGGUUAUGAAAAUGCAAGAUUGUUUGCAUUAUUUGAAUUAAUAAAAUAUAAUUCAGUUCCUGAUAGUUUAAAAGAAGAAGCAAGUAUAUGUAUUCAUAAUAUUAAAAAAAAUAUUAUGAAUUCAGAAAAUUCAUCAAAUAAAUCAUUUAGUGGUCAUUUUUUACAAUUUCUAUUGGCUGAUGAAAAUAAUGAAUAUUCUUCUUUGCUUUAUAAAAAAUUAGAAGAUAAUGUUAUUCAAAAUGUUAACAAAUAUAGUAUCCAUGAAAUGAAUAAUAUAAAUCGAAUUAAUUUAUUUCAACCUCAAGGGAAAGAAAACGGGUUUAGAAAUGAAAAAAAUUUCACUCCUCAAUAUGAUAAUGAAAAUGGACAUGGAAAUAAUAUGCUAGAUGGAACCAUUUGGAACGUUCAGAAUAAUGAAAGAGAUUUAUUUUAUAACAAUAAUAAUAGCAAUCAUAAUAGCAAUAAUAACAAUAAUAAUAAAUGCAGAAAUGAUUAUUAUUAUAACAAUUCCAAUGAUAUACUUAAAAUGAAAAAAGAAAAUAAUGAAAAAUUAACAACUUUUAAUGAUAAUCAUUUUUAUAAUAAAGCUAAUUAUAUUAACAGAUAUAAUAAUCCAUAUAUUAGUAAUAAUAACCCUUCUAUUCAUAACUUAAACAAUUUAGUAUACAACAUAAAUUCUUAUGAUUUCAACCCAAUGCAUAUUAGAAAUGGGUAUGGAAAUGAUAACAAUUCUACAAUAAAUAUAUCUAGCCAAAAUUCUAAUUAUAAUCGAAAUUUUGGCGAAGAAAAGGAUAUACAAAAAAAAAAAAACUUUUUCAAUAUAAAUAAUACACGAAAAUAUGUUGGAGAUAUAAAUAAUAAACCAAUAGAUGGGUUUAAACAAAACCUUUUUGAAAAGGUUCUCAACAAUUUAGAGAACAAAAUGGGAAACAACAAUCUAUAUAAUUACAAUUCAGUUGAUCAUCAUAUAAAUUCUAAAGUAAAAUCAACUUAUUCAUACAACAAUGAUAAUAUUCCGAGUGACCUAACCAAUACUACAACUAUGAUUAGUCAUGGGGCUAAUAAUAAUCAAAUAAAUAAUGAAAAUGAAAUACGAAAUUCUCAACAAAUUUUACAUGACAAUUUAUUAGUGUACAGAAAUUUUAUGAAUCAAACUCCAUGUGACAUUGGCAAUGUUGAUAAGAAUAGUGAAAACGAUCGAGCUGAAAAAAUGGCUUCCAAUUUUGAAGGGGCAUUUUUAAAUAAAGGCAACAUUGGGUUUAAGCAGAGUGCCAAUUUUAACCCGUUUCUUGGAAGAAAUGUGAGCAACAUAAACACCUAG